CGAAAGUUGGCUGACUAAAAGAGGAGGAAGCAAAUCUAAACGGGCGGUCGGUGAAAAGACCUUACAUUUUGUACUUUAUUCUGUUCGUAUUAUUAAUUUGCUUGGAAAAGUUAAUGUCUAAAACAUCCAUGUAUUCAUAAACACAUUAUGUUAUGUUAAGUAUUAAUGUUAGCAAAGCGACAGCCGUCAUCGCACAGUAACGUCAGCGCGGUGGAUUCACCUCCUGAAUGUAAAGUUGUCACAAUAAGUGGGAUUUAAUCCACCAAAAUCUGUCCUAAAACUGCGGCGUGACGCUGUCACCUGCAGGGACAUGGACCCGGACACUGAAGUGGAAAGGAUCUUUAGGCAGGGCCAAGAUGAUGAGGAGGAGGAGAAGAAGAAGUGGAAGAGGCCACCUUCCAGCUAUGGUUCGAUGAAGAGUGACAGUGAUGAGGAGGAGGAGGAAAAUGGAGAAGAGGUUGCCCAGGCCUUCCCUCCCCCGUUUCCUGUGGCACUGCCUGACCCGACAGCUCAGGAGGGGGCAGGGUUGCAGAUGAUUCGCUCAGAGUCUCCAGAGACCCUCUACACCAUGACCACGCAGCAGACCAAAGGACCAGGCGCCCUCGUCAUUGACACCAGGUCCUCGGAUCUGGGGGAUUUUUCAGAUGAAUCUGAGGAGGAUGCAGAUGAACUUUUGGUUGCUGAUUCCCCAGAACCACCUGAGCCUGUUGAACCUGACGAUGAAAUGCAGAGCGAUGAGAGCAGCCAGCCGGGCAGGCUGCACCCAGAGCAGGACCUGCCUCACAUAUUCAGGAGUAUCCAGAGUAUUGUGACACGCCUCACCAAAGAAGAGCUCUUAAAAUUUAAGAUGCGGUUUUGCCAGUGGGAAACAGCCAUAAGCCUGAAACAGGCGAUGGAGGGAGACCUUCUUGAUUUUGUGGACAGGAGCUUGGAGGUACUUGGUCAGGAGCAUUCUCUAUCGCAUACAAUAAGUACCCUAGAAGGUGUCAACAAGAAAGAAGAGGCGGCUGAACUACAGAAUAUGUGCGGGAGAGCGUUGAUUCGUUUUCAACUGAUGCAGCAUUUGAUCAGAAAAUAUGAAGUCAUCCACGAGGGGGUUGUUCAAGCUGGGAAGUACAAUCGUCUAAAUACCAUCUAUGUUGAGCCCCAGAUUUCCACCCGUGGUUAUGGAGGAGUUGACCCCUCCCAUGAGUUCCUACCCCACCCCCCGUUUCCCCUCCAGGUCCCCUGUGCCGACACCUUUGUUGGCCUGAACAAUUUAUUCCGACUGCAGACGGAUGAUGGCAAGCCGGUGAGGACGGUGUUGACCACCGGGAUUCCAGGAAUUGGCAUGUCUGUCUCUGUAGGGAAAUUCUGCUUGGAUUGGGCGGAAAACCGUGCCAACAAGGAUCUGCAGUUUGUCAUCAAACUCUCAUUUCGAACUUUCUGGUACCUGCGAAACCAUACCCCUCUUUCAGAGCAGAUGUCCAUCAUGGAGGUGAUAGAAUAUUAUUACCCCGAGUUCAAGGACAUGAAAUACCUGGAGGAAGAGGACUGUAAAUUUGUCAUCAUAAUGGAAUCGUUAGAUUGUUACCAAGCUCCCCUGGACUGGGAGAAUGCUCCAGUCAUAAAUGACAAUUACACCAAAGCACAUCCUGACGUCCUGAUUGUAAAUAUCAUCCGAGGUACUGUGCUUCGUGGUGCCCUCGUAUGGAUCCUGGGGAGGCCGGCGGCUGUCUCACAAAUACCAUCUCACUUCAUAGACGUGGUCACGGAAAUACAGGGCUUUAGUGAUGAGAUGAAAGAUCAGUUCAUGACUUCGCGCUUUGACAAUGCAGAGCUGGCACCAAAAAUUGUGGCACAUUACAAGCGCCAACCGACACUCCAUAUCAUCGCUCGACAACCCUUUGUCUGCUGGAUGCUUGCCAGAGUGUUCGAGCGCUGCUUUGGCUAUCGGGGCUACGGAGUGCACCCCCCCAGGGUGACGCCCUUCUACAUCAGCUUUGUGGUCAUCCAGACAAAUCGCAGGCUGCAGUUCUACUAUGGGCAACAGGAAAAUGACCUGAAAUGGUCCAAUGAUGAGAGAGACCUGCUGACAAAGAUUGGGAAGAUGGCCUUUAAGAUGCUGGAGAGGAAUACCAGCGUGUUCUUUGAAGAGGACGUGAAGGAUUGCGGUCUGAAGUUGACGGAGGUGACGGUGUUUUCUGGCGUGUGCACUGAGCUUCCAUUUGGAGGCUCGGAUGGGAAGAGGACAUACUGCUUUGUACACUUUACCUUUCAGGAGUUCAUGGCCGCGCUGUACGUCUUCAUUAUGUUUCGCACAGAGUCUAGAAACGUUCUUGACUCUGCGCUGUCGCACAAGCCCAAGUUCUUCACAUCCAAGGAUCAGUCCAAAUCCGCAGUAAGCCUCGUCCAGUGUGCUGUGGCACAAACUCUCGGCUCUCCACUGGGCCACUAUGAAAUGUUCCUGCGCUUCUUGUGUGGCUUGUUUUCCAAGGACUGCGAUGAAAAUCAGAUGCGUGGGUUUUUUUACCACCGCAGUGUGCCGAAGGUGACUGGUCUGGAUGAGGUCCAGCAGCUGCUGGAGCAGACAAUACAGACAGCAGAAGAAAACAAUAGAGACCGCGUGGGAAACUUGAAGGAGUGCCUUAGAGAAUUUAUCCAGGAGGAUGAGUGAGUCUGGAUUAGACUGCAUCCGGAAAAUUACUUCAUAUGGACGUGAUAGAUAAAAGAGAGGUCCAGCCUUAUUUUUUUGUCGUAGAAUUCAUGAACUAUCACAAAGUGAUGCUCAAACCACUCAACAGAACUCAAACUUGUUCUGGUCUCUUUAGCUUCAUGAAAAAAAUUCGUGCAUAAGAGGUUGGUAUAGCUAGGAAACUAAAGAGCCCAAUAGUCUGACUUCUAUCUCUGCUUUUUCAUUAUUUGUAUGUUUAUUUAUAUCAUUAGUUACAUUGCUUUUAUUAAUUUUCUUUCUUUGUUAAUUUAAUUAAAUUUUAUUUUAUUUUCUGUCAUUUACAAAUUCUUACCGUACAUCUCUAGUCUUCCAUUAUCACUCUGGCUGCCCUCUGCUCAUGAAACAGAAUUAAGGACAACGGGUAAAGUUUGAAAACUCUUUGUAAAAUAAUGAAGUCCUGACUGUUUUCUACUUGUACUAUGUAUCGGCAUAUUUUUUCAACAAAACAUUUGGGAAGAAAUAGUGAUGUUAUAGUCAUAUCAGACAAACUAAACUAUGUUUAUUCUAUGCAAUUCAGUGCAGUUUAUGCAAUACUAUAUUAUGUCAGUCAUGUCUUACAAUGGGCACUAUUAAAAAUUCAUGCAUAUACUGGA